CGCAAGUAUAUUCGUAUCACCUUAUUACUUAGUAAAAGUCAAGAAAGCUACUCUAAAAGAAAGAAACUGGUGUUUCUGGAAGUCCUGUUUUUAAUAUAUUUUUUUCUCUCAUGUUUGUUUGAGUAACAAGAAAAACCUCAAUAACUCACACCCUUAAUAAUAUAUAUGUUAAUUCAUAUAUUUAUAUAAAUACGUAAACUCAUAAGCCCAUUAAACACACACGCCAUAUCUUCUUCCUCUCUCAAUAAUCUCUCUUUUUCAUUCUGAGAAACUAGACCAAAUGGCUUCCUCUACUACUUCACUAGCUUUUCUAGCUAUGAUUCUGGUAUUGUCACCAGUUGCUGUUUUUGGGCUUGAUUGGGAUGACAUAGCUCCUAGUAUUUCUGAGGAUAUGUGUAAAGAAGUGGAGUGUGGAAAGGGAAAGUGCAAAUGGAAUGGAGCUUUCCCAUUAGGGUUUACAUGUGAAUGUGAUGCUGGUUGGAAGAGAACACGUGAUCAAGAUGAUGAAGAUGAUUACCCUUUUCUCCCUUGUGUCAUCCCUAACUGUACUCUAAAUUAUGGAGGGUGCCAACCAGCUCCACCCCCAGUUCCAGAGAAGGAAGUCCCACGCAAUAUUUCUGCUUUUGAUCCUUGUUACUGGGCCUAUUGUGGGGAAGGGACAUGCACUAAGAACAGAACUCACACACACAUGUGCCAGUGCAAACAAGGCUUCUCAAAUCUUCUCAACAUUUCUGCUUUUCCUUGCUACAGUGAAUGCACACUUGGAUCCGACUGUUCAAGACUUGGAAUUAAAGUAGCAGAUUCGACUUCUGGGGGUGACAGUUCGAACAAUAAUAAUAAUAGCCAAGCUACGUCUUUUCUGCCAGGAAAGUUUCAAAUGAUGAUCAUAUUUAUGGUGUCAUUGGGUAUGGCUAUGUGGAAGUAGGAUGUGAUUUAAUGGAGCAGGACUAUUGGAUAUGUACUUCAGAUAGAUAGAUAGAUAUUUAUUUGCUUUAUAUAUCAUUGGUUUAUUUGGUUUUGAUAGAUUAUUUUUGUAAUAAGUUUGCUUUGUAUAAAUAAUUGAGAACAGUCAUGCUCUGGUGACUGUAGCAUAGUAGUACACUAGUACUAGUACACACUAUUUAUUACUUUGUGAGUAUAGUUAUUAGUUAUUGAUGGUGUUUUUUGAUUA